AACUUGAACAUGGACAAUUGAUAAUUAACGAAGCUGUACACUCCAUAACCAUGCAGAUCUCCACGAUGUCAAGCCUAGUCAACCAUUUACUUGAAUCCUCCUACGAUACGAGGAGGGUAAACGUAUGUUCCGCCUGGUUCAUUAUGUAGUCUAUGACGAUGCUUGCUCACAGUGAAUGCUCUCAGUCUCACUACUGAGUAUACCUGUACCUUCCGCGUGCCGGAAGGCUAUUCUGACGCAGGGCAGACUCGGCAACGCAAUAGCAUGAGGAUGAGGUAUUUUUAUUAUUUUUAUAGCCAUCUUCAACCCACCCCUCGGUCUGCACGCGAUAGAUUCCAAAGUCUGGUUACCCCACGUUGACACCAACGUUCUUCAACUAGUUAUCGAUUUAUCUUCAGAGCCAAUGGAGUUCCGACCAAUCAAGGCGGAAAGCCGUCGGACGAUUCAGAAAUUCUAUACAACCCGGACCUAAGCGUUACAGUUCAUCCGUCCUUUCUCUCACGAAUUGCCCCUCUCACACCUCACAAUAUCAUCGAACUCUCCUUGGCUCCAAGCAAUCACAAUUCUCGCAUUAGCAGCGAUGGAGUCACGACUGAAUGCUCGCGGACCGUCAUUGUUGACCCUGUUUUCUCCAUGGGCCGCUAAUGGAAAAAAGUAUGAUGACAUGCGCCGUUGGAGAAAGACGGGUCAACUUCAGCGAUAUCUGACUAUGGUCGGCAAGCCUCGACCCACCCCAACGGCUUGGUCCUUCAAGCUAGCGCUAUAAAAAGGAGCUUUUGAACGCACCUCCUGUGUUUCUCCCCAAUAAUAUUACUAUCAUGGCUCCCGUUGCGACUCUUCCUACGUCUGAACAAAACCCUGUCCUCCUUGCGAAGGCCAAUGCCAAUGGAUCCAAGGCUGACUUCCAUGCUUCAGAGGACUACAAUGGCAAUUAUCAGUUCGCGCCUAUUGAGGAGGCCCAAGUCUCCAGGGCUAUGAUCAAGCGAUACUUCAACACCAUGUACGAUCGCGCUGUAUCGGACGUUGUUAUCAUCGGUGCCGGUAGCGCAGGUCUUUCUUGCGCUUACCAUCUUGGAAAGUCCCGACCCGAUCUCAAGAUUACCAUUCUUGAGGCUAAUGUCGCUCCUGGAGGAGGUGCAUGGCUCGGAGGCCAACUGAUGACGCCCAUGGUUGUUCGUAAACCUGCCGACCGCUUCCUCGAAGAACUUGGUGUCCCGUACGAAGAUGAAGGCGCAUUCGUCGUUGUCAAGCACGCUGCUCUCUUCACGUCAACCAUCCUCUCCAAAGUCCUCGCUAUGCCCAACGUUGUUCUCAUGAACGCGACAGCCGUUGAGGAUCUUAUCAUCCGCGAAGACUUCGAGGGAAAGCAACGCGUUGCUGGCGUUGUGACCAACUGGACUCUCGUCGCUCUUAACCACGACACGCAGUCUUGCAUGGACCCCAACACUAUCACUGCCCCAGUGAUCGUGACAGCUACUGGACACGAUGGCCCGAUGGGCGCCUUCUCUGCGAAGCGCUUGGUCAGUGCUGGGCUUCUCAAGGAACUCGGUAACAUGAGAGGUUUGGACAUGAACCGUUCCGAACCAGCGAUCGUGAAUGGAACUCGUGAGGUAACUCCGGGUUUGAUCAUGGCAGGUCAGAAUGGAGCUGUCAGAGCACGAUGGUGCCAACCGGAUGGGACCGACAUUUGGUGGUAUGAUGGGUAGCGGUGUCAAGGCUGCUCAUGAGGCCCUUCGAAUCCUUGAGUCUGCCCGCAUCAUCAACGGAAGAGUUGUAGGAUAGGAAGUUGUUUGAACACAAUCACAGGAUUGACAAGUAUAAAACUACAUGUAUUGUUAGGCAAUGAACAAUUGAAGAGUUCCUUCCGACGUCCU